AUGGAGAACGUUGUAUUCGUGUGUCCUCAAAAAUAUCUGAUUUCUCAAUCAGACUGGAGGAGUGAUGAGGAAAAGACAGGUUAUAUCCCAAUACUAAGAACAGAUUUACAGAAACUGCAGAACUCCUUGCAGAGAAUCGUAGAUAAAAAUAAGGUAAAUUCUAUAAACGGGAAGACACGUAUAUCAAAAGGUUCAGUGAAUGUCGGAUCUAAGGAUCCCAAAACAGUAACGUCCAAUGACAAACCGAGUGAAGAAUCUGAAAAAAGCAAGAAUGCAGGUAAAUCAGAUUCUAAAUAUCAACCUAUAAAACAGUUUCUCCCAAUUUCUUUGAAACAACAAUUGCAUACAAUUUCUAUAACUGGAUUCAACUCAAUUCUCAGCAAAACGAGCAUUGAUAAAUUUCUGUCUCAAGUGAUGGAAUUGGCUCUUGGUCAUCUCGAGGACUCACAAAGUCAAAAUUUUAAAAGUAAUAACCUUAUUGAAACAUGGUGUGAUGUAUUUUCUACAGGUAUAUCUGAACAAAAUAUUUUUGUUCGUUUUUGUAUUGAUUUGUUGAUAUACCCACAAAUUGUUUUCUUUUUAUGCGACCUCUUUGGGGACAUAUUAAAGGUCCAUUAUGAUUCAAAUGUCGAGACCUUCAUUCAGGAAAAAUUUACGACCAGUAGUGUACCUAAAUUUUGCGUCAGUUCUGAAGAUCGUCAAAUGUUGUCUACCUUGAUAAAAGAAGCUAGUGAAGAGCCUAAGAGUGUUGAAGGCGACAACGGUAGCGAGAUAUCGACUGAAUAUCAGAUCGACCUGAAUACCCUAAAUGAUAUUCCUCGUGAUGAUUUAGAUCAACUUUGUAAAGAUAUUAUUGAGUUUAGAACAAGAGUUGUUACAAUCGAAAAAGAGAAAAACCGUCAAGAGACUUAUAAUGAAAGGGAAAGACAGAGAUCACAUAUGAUGAAAAUGUUUGAUAAAAUAAAGAUGAAUAAUGCAGAAACUGGCAUCAAAAGAAAUACUGCGAAAGACAAUAAAGAAGAAGUAGAAGAAGAAGAUGUAUUAAUUCCUGUUUUUGAGAAUACUAUUGAGAACGAAAAGCUUAAGUCUGAGAGAAGGUACGAGGAACUUUUAACUGUAUUAAAUAGGGAAAUAGAACCACAACUUCUUAAAAAACAUGCAGAUUUACAGAAAGCCAAAUAUUAUGAAAGAACACUGAUAGAAAAUGAAUCACUAAACAGGAAAGAAAUUGCUACUCUUGGUAAUGAUGAGCUAUACGAUAACCAUAGAUCAUUUAAAGAGUUAGAAGAAAGGGAUGAUAAGAAAGACAGGGAAAUGAUAGGUGACAAUGUAAAUAUGCCUGUUUCCAGAACAAUAAAGACUACAACUACUAGUGAAGAUUCGGGGGCUGCGAGUGAAAAUCCAGAACAAGAAAGUAAUGUCAUUAAUAUAAAAUUCGCAUUUAAGAAAGCUAUUGAUAAUUCGGCAAAGAGCAGACCUGAAGAAAUGGAAAUGGAAGAAAACGAAAUCGAUGAUAAGGAACAAAUAGACAAACCUAAAUCCAAUCUAGGGCUGGCCGAUAUACUACCUUUUAGUGACGAAGAUUUAUCGAAUCGUCUUGAUGAAUUAAGGGCAUCAAAGUAUAUCGAUGAGUUGGUAAAAGAAUAUUUGGGUGUAUAUGAAGAUGAAUUGGUAGAUUAUAUUUUUGAAAAUAUUUUAGAACACCGAAAUAAAAAAGUUCUCUUAGAUGACCUAAAAGAAACAUUUGAUGAAGAUGCUAUUGUUAUGGUUGACAAUAUAUGGAAAAGAAAAGAAUUUACGGAGUGA